GUGAAGUUGUGUUGCGAUCUUCCGGUGCUGUUGGUUUUCUUUUUUGGGAGUCCUUUGCUAGAGAUUUGGGUUUCUUUAGAUAUUGCAGGAUAACUGCAGAAGCUAUGGGACCAACUGAAAAGAAGCCGGCCAGACCAGCAGGGAUCGCCGGGUGGAUCGGAGCCGCGUACCGCUUUGCUACCGACAGGAACGACUUCAGAAGAAACGUGUUGAUUAAUUUGGGCCUGUUUGCUGCUGGCGUUUGGGUUGCCAAGAAUUUGUCCGACUUCGAUCUGACGGCACCGCAACCGAUCUGAUAACCAGUCAGGACGAUUGAUUAAGCUUUCUGCUUGUGACGAGACUGGGAAUCCUCUGAGAGAUGUGCUGCCUGGACUGAAGGGGUGUGUCCUAUCAUACUGAGGAGAUGGACAAUUAAUGAGAUUUAAGACAUUCAGAAUACUAGCAUUGUUUUCUUUAUGUAAAUGUUGUGGCUGCUGCAUGCAUUGUUUACCAUCAAUUCUGUCUUUACAUAGUUUUUAAUAGAUUCCCAUAUUGAUCAGCUAGACCAUUGGAAAUGACCAUAGACACAUGGCAAAAUAAAAUCUCCAUUGCUUCA